AUCACACGCUCACACGUCGCAAGCAUCUCAUCACACAGCAGUCAAGGGGGAUCGUCGAUCGGGUUGAUGGCCGGGAGGAAGGCGGGCAACGCGGCGGCGCUGGUGGCGGUGCUGAUCGUGGCCGCAAUGGCGGCGGAGGCCGGCGCGAUUAAGCUCUGCGGCGUGGACCGGACGGCGGUGGACGCGUGCCGGUCGUACUGCGCCGUGGGCAGCGCGGAGGCGAGCCCCAGCAAGGCCUGCUGCGACAAGGUGAGGCCCGCGCAGUGGGACUGCCUCUGCAAGUUCAAGGGCAGCCUCCCCGAUGGCAUCGACGGCGCGCGCGUCAUGGAUCUCCAGUACAAGUGCAAGUGCGACUACCCGCCGGCCACGUGCGGCGCCAACUAAUCAAGAUCGGCGCCGGCCGGAGGACGGCGUGCAGCCGCUUCAGAAAACAAGAUGUCAGCGAGGGCGACGGCUAAUUUGUGUUGGAGUAGCCACUAAGCCACCGUUUCGUUUCGUGUUGUGUUGUCAUCGUGUAUCCGUGGUGUCUUGUUGCUUUCAGUGCUGUAGCGAUCUGACGGGCUGCAGGCUCAUGUGUGCAGCUGUGCUCGUCGUCAGUUUAUCCGUCAGCCUCAUGUGUACCCUUGUACGUCCUUCUUGUGUGUGUCCACGUCGCAACAAUAAACUUUACAGAUUGUUCUGGUC